AUGCCUGAAACGUCGGCAAAGUGGGAAUCUAAUGAUUCGGAUAGCACCGUUCCCGCUGCCCUAGGUUUCAAGGACUCCGACAGUAGAGAAGCCGAUGUUGAAUGCAUUGCUAUAGAUCUCAAAGCCGGUCUUCAUCGCUCAAGGUGUUUGAAUAUUGUUAGCGAUGAUGAUAAUUACAAUGAAGUUGCAGGACAUGCACGAACGCCAGUUGAAGGUCGUCUCCUCGAUGCUACAAAAGGAAUUUUGGAGGUGAAUUGCUGCGGAUGGUUUUCCGCUGCUGCUCUCCUCGAUUCUAUUCCUCAUCUUCAUUAUUGGCCGCUUGGCAUUGCUACAGUCUGUUUUUGGAAAUUUCCACCUUAUGAUAUACUAAAUGAAUUUCAAAAGGGUCUUAGCCACAUUGCCGUUGUGUAUAGAGAUUUAAACAAGACAAAAGAGAUAGCGAAGAAAGCGGAAGACAAGAAAAAUGCUGGGUUUAAGUCUAACUUGAAUGAUGCUAGCAACAAAGAUGGAGAACAAGCAAUAAAGAGAAGUCCUCCACCUACUCCUGUUUUCAAGAAGAGACACCGAGGUUGUUCAUCUUGCAGUUUGGAUUUGGAGAACUCCCCGAUUCCUGAGUUCCCUCCCAAUGAAGUAGUACUCAGUGUAAUUACCAUGGAGGAUGUCAUUGGGGAACUUCAGGUACUGUCUUUGAACCAGAACCAGAGAAACCAUUUCUUUUUUCCGCUCUGUUGGAGAAACUAA